GAUGCGUCUUAUUUCCAUAGAAACGCUGUACCUUGAAUGCGGAGGUUCAAGGAGAGUGACUUCAAAUGGCAAACAAUCUUGUCAUCAGAGCUUUAAGAGGAAAUGCAAAAUCGUUUAGUUUGAGUUCUAAGAAUAUAAACCAGAUUCCUAGCACAGUUGCAAAUCUUACAAGUCUUUUGAAACUACAGUUAAAUAACAAUUGCCUUUCAACUCUGCCCAUUGAAUUGCAGUCUUUGUGCCACUUGACAGAGCUGAACCUGGGAAACAAUCUUCUCGAAGAGAUUCCACCUGUUCUGAAGUAUCUUCCAUCGCUAAGAAAACUGUAUGUAUUUGGAAACCAAAUCGAAAAUUUGCCUGAAGACAUUUUUGGUGCGCUCUCAAAACUUGUCCUUCUGAAUUUGAAUCACAACAAAAUUAGAGUCCUUCCACCAGAGAUAAAAGGGCUUACUCACUUGGAAAUUUUGAGUCUGACUCACAACCAACUGGAAGUUAUUCCUGCUGAAAUAGCUUUGCUUAAUAAGCUGACUGAGCUCAACUUAACUAACAACAACCUUGUCACUUUGCCACCACAACUCUGCUUCUUGCCACAACUGUCAAAGCUCUAUAUUGCAAGAAACUAUCUGAAAGAACUACCUGAGGGGAUAUUCAGACUGUCGAAGCUCAAAGUCCUAGAUGUUGCAGGAAAUUGUCUGACCAUGUUUCCAGUGGAUUUCCACCUUGUCAGGGUGGAGGAGCUGUACUGCGAAGGAAAUGCUUUCGUCCAGCACAAAUUGGUAGAAUCCAUUCAAGAGACAGAGGUGCUGUCUUUAAAGGAGCAGGCGGCCAGGCUGAUCCUGAUGGAGUGCAGGAGGGAGCGCUCUGUCCUGCGCCGGGCCCUGGCGCUCCACCCGGCCGUGGCGGACGCGCUGUCUCUGGCGGGCAGGUGUGCCCUCUGCUCUCAGGCCUUCCUCACCACCUGGCUGGAGUGCGUGCGGUUUGUUAACCUCAGGAAGGACAUGAAGUUGAGAAGCUCGCAGUCCGUCCCAGUGCGAGUUCAGCUCUGUUCCUACAGCUGCUUCAACCAGAGCGGUCACAUGUACUACGGAGUUGCAUCUGUAUAGAAAAAAAGGUGUAAGUCUGUUUAUAUGCCUCUGAAUGGCUUUCUUUAGAAUGACCUUUGGUUAAAAGCUACUGUGGCUAAAUCUUUAUACGGAAGUCUGUGGUGUGAUGUGCUCCAUUUUACAUGGCAAGAAAAAAAAAUACAUUUAUAUAUAUAUAUAUAUACACACACACACGGUAUAUAUAUAUAUAUAUAUGUGUGUGUAUGUAUACACGCAUUUUUUAAACCAAAAAAUAGCCUGCACAUAUGUUCAAUACUUCUUUGCUAAUUCACAUCUAAAAGCAGAUGCAAAAUUUCUUCAGCUAUAAAUAGAUGUGUUCUGCUGCUGUAAACAUCUAAUGUUCCAAAUAAAGUCAGUCCAUCUUGUGCUUUUCUCCAUGACAUCAUUUAAAAUACACUCAAAUUUACAUCUGAGAAAAAAAAUUAAUUACAUUACAACAUUAAAUAUACCAAAAGAAAAGAACAUAUUCCAAAUUCAAUAUUUGUCAGUCUCUAAGCAAUUGCAUUUUAUAUCCCGAGACUUACUGGUAUUUGCUAAAUGCUGUGGCACAAGUCCUCCACUAGGUGACAACAGUAGUACAGAAUGAUGGCCUGAUGUCUUUGUGCAGAUAUGCAAUUGUGUUUUUAUAUAAAUGUCAAAGACAUAAAUUCUAGUACAUUUGAACAUGCAUGAAGUAUUUGGCUAUCUUCAGCUUAAUUUAGGCAUAUCACCACAUUUCCAUACUCCCUGUUCUAGCCAGACUGAGUUCUGAAAAACGUACUCUGUUAAAUAUUGAAAGGUUGCUGUAGCUGGGGAAAAAGUCUGUAUAAUGCUGAGAACUUGUCAUUCGGCUCUUCUUGGUCCUGUACAGUUCCUUGUGGCUAAUUUCUUUUCACAUAAAAACAGUAUAUAAAACA